GUUCCACUUCUGCUUUCCCCAGGAAGCGAGCAGAGGCCCUUCGCCUCAUAGUGAAACGAGGCUGCCGGGCAGCCGGCCCUUCUCAAGCCCCAAGGGCUGCCCGGGAUGGAGGCACCCACGCUGGUGGAAGCCCGCAGGCCCUGACGCGCCCCAGAUCUGCUUUGACGAGCAUGGAGGCGGGAGCGCUCCCACAGGCCGAAGACAGAGCUGAGGACCCAGGCUCCCGAGACGAAGGAGGUCCUGACUGCCCACCCGGGGGGCAGAGCCCCGACCCCACGGUGCUCUGGGACACGCUGGAAAGGAAGUUCCUGGAGCACCAGCAGGUGACACACAGGACCCCAGAAGGACGUCAGAGGAGCCUGCUGAGCCUUCUCCCUCUGUUCCUAAAGGCCUGGAAGCACUCGGUGGGCAUCAUCUGCUUCCCCAGUCUCCAGAGGCUGGCAGGAGAUGUCUCCAACCAGCUCGCCCAACAAAUCGAGAGGGCGCUGGCCGGGAAGCCUGCAGAAGAAGCACGGGUGGCCGCGGGACAGCUGCUAAGGUGGCGAGGAGACACGGAUCAGGAUGGCCACCUGCUCCUCAAGUCGGUGUACGUGCUCACCGGGACGGAUGAGGAGACACUGGGCAGAGUGGCCGAGUCCGGGCUCCCCGCCCUGCUCCUCCAGUGCCUGUACCUCUUCUAUGUCUUUCCCGUGGACAAGGAUGAGCCUUUAGAGAGUGACCUUCAAGGGCAGAGGAUGUUCGUGCAGAUGUUGCUGAACCUGUGCAGCGACCCCCAGAGUCUGGAGGGGCUGCCCUCAGGGAACGAGCUCCAGGCUCUGCUCAUCGCCACCACCUGUCUCUGGGAGAACAGCUCUCGCUUCUGGAGGGAGCCCACCUUCUGUGUGCUGAGGGCCAUCUCCAGGGCACAGAGUCCCAGCAUCGUCCAGUACCUGCAGGCCACAGACUGUGUGCGGCUGUCCGUCCAGAACCUCUCCAGGCUGACGGACGCUCUCCCGGUGCCCGAGGUGAGCGAGGCCGUGAGCCUGGUGCUGGGCUUCGUGAAGGACUCCUACCCCAUCUCCUCCGCCCUGCUCGUGGAGUUUGAGAAUGGGGAGGGCUACCCUCUGCUGCUCAGGGUGCUGCUGCGGUAUGACGGGCUGACCCAGGGUGAAGUGGACCCCCACCUGGAGGAGCUCCUGGGGCUGGUGGUGUGGCUGACGACGUGCGGGCGGUCGGAGCUGAAGGUGUUCGACAGCAUCACUUACCCGCAGCUCGAGGGCUUCAGGUUCCACCAGGAGUCUUCUGGGGUGACCGUUAAGAACCUCCAGGCCUUCCAGGUCCUGCAGAACGUCUUCCACAAGGCCAGCGACUGCGUCCUCUGCACGCAGGUCCUCCUGGCCAUCAAGACCAUGUGGGCCUGGAACCCGCGCAACUUCUUCCUGCUGGAGUGGACCCUGCAGCCUAUCUCGCAGUUCGUGGAGCUCAUGCCCGCAAAGCCGCCGCUGGUGCAGGUGCAUUUCUUCCAGCUGCUGGAGGCCCUGGUGUUCAGGCUGCGCUACGUGCCCCACGAGAUCCUGCGCAAAGUGCAGCAUCUGAUCAAGGAGAACCCCCAGUCGUCCUGCACCCUCAUGGCCCUGCAGAGCAUCCUCAAGAUCACCGCCAGUGAACCCCUCUUCACCGACAUCUUCCGGGACUCGGGGCUGCUGGGCCUGCUGCUGGCCCAGCUGCGGAAGCAGGCCAAGAUCAUGCGGAAGUCAGGAAGCAAAGAGCCCAGUCCUGGUGUCCACGAUUCAGAACGUGAACUCACCGCGGUGACACUGAGAACUGUGGUCGCACUUCUGAAAGGCUCGGUUCGGAACGCGGUGGUCCUGAAGGACCAUGGCAUGGUGCCCUUCAUCAAGAUCUUCCUGGACGACGAGUGCUACCGCGAGGCCGCGCUCAGCAUCCUGGAGCAGCUGUCGGUCAUCAACGCGGAGGAGUAUGCCAGCAUCAUCGUGGGCGCGCUGUGCUCCUCCACGCAGGGCGAGCUGCGGCUCAAACUGGACCUCUUGCAGUCUCUGCUCCGGAUCCUCGAGACCCCCAAGGGCCGAGCUGCUUUCCGAGUCUGCAGCGGCUUCACCGGGCUGCUGUCGCUGCUGUCUGACCUGGAGGGCUCCCUGAACACGCCCCCGCUGCAGGCCUGGGGUGCCGUGCCCCGUGGCCAGACCCUGGAGCUGCUGCUGCACACCCUCUGCGCCCUGUCCGCCGCGCUGUACCUGGACCCUGUCAACAGUGACUUCUUCCGGAGGCACGGGCUCUUUGAGAAGCUGGCCGAGGACCUCUGCUCACUGGGCUGUUUUGGGGCUGCGGAGGAAGAGGACACUCUGCAGCACUCCUGGCCCAACACAAAGGCCAGGCCAUUUGCAGAACUGCUGAGCGCUGCCUUCUCCCCUGACUGCCCGCUCCCACCCAGGGCACAGAGCUGCCUGCAGGUCCUCGGCUUCCUGGACAGAAUGGCCAGUGGCAUCCUCCACCUGCGAAGGGACCUGCGGCAGCCCCCUGCUGCGGAUGCCCAGGAGGGAGAAGCCGCUGGUGGCCUCCAGGGCAGCUUCAAGCAGUGGCCAGACCUGGAGGAGAGGCCGGAUGAGGGGGACGCCGUGAUCAUGCACCCUGGGAUUGUGUGCAUCAUGGUGAGGCUGCUGCCCCGGCUGCGCCACGAGGACCACCCACAGCUGUCGGAGGAGAUCCAGUGCUCCGUGGCCGGCCACCUGCUCUCCCUGGUGAAGUCAGAGAAGAACCGGCAGGUCAUGUGUGAGGCCGGCAUGCUCAGGACGCUCAUGGCCUCCUGCCGAGGUGCCCUCCGUGCCAGCAGCAGCCCCCUGCACGCGCGUCUCAUCAGGAUUUUUGAGAAGCUCGCUUCCCAGGCCAUCGAGCCUGACGUGCUGAGGCAGUUUCUAGGACUGGGGAUUCCCCUACCACUGUCAGCUGCAUCGACGCUCCCCAAAGCACUUCCUGAGGACAGCAGAGACACCCUUGGGUGCUCAGAGACACCAGCUGCAGAUCCAGGGGCAGCAAAGGGACCUUCCGAUGCCAGUCCUGCCAUGGCCCUGGACGGCACGUCCUCAGGGGCAACCCGGGACUCCAGCCCGGCCCAUCAGACGGCGUUGAGCCUCAUCUCCAUGACCUCCCCGCGCAACCUGCAGCCCCAGCGAGCUUCCCUGGCUCCAUCCUUCGUGGAAUUUGACAUGUCUGCGGAGGGUUACGGGUGCCUGUUUAUUCCGACCCUGUCUACUAUUAUGGGGACCAGUACCGAGUACUCCGUCUCCGGAGGGAUCGGGACAGGUGGAGCCAGGCCCUUCCCUCCCCCUGGGGGACUCACCUUCUCCUGCUGGUUCCUGGUCAGCCGGCAGGCCGCUGUCACCGAGGCCCACCCGCUCCGCUUCCUCACCCUGGUGCGCCACCUGGCCAGGACCGAGCAGCCCUUUGUCUGCUUCUCCGCCAGCCUCUGCCCAGAAAGCCUCUCCUUGGUGGUGUCCACAGAAGAGAAGGAGUUCCAGCCCCUGGAUUUCAUGGAGCCCGAGGACACCAUCGAGCCCUCUGCUGGACGCCAGCUUCAGGUCAGGUGUGGCCAGCUGCUGGCCUGUGGUCAGUGGCAUCACCUGGCUGUGGUUGUCACCAAGGAGAUGAAAAGGAACUGCACUGUUUCUACCUAUCUGGAUGGACAGGCUAUCGGCUCAGCCAAGAUGCUGUACAUCCAAGCCUUGCCAGGCCCCUUUCUUUCCAUGGAUCCAUCCGCCUUUGUGGAUGUCUAUGGGUAUAUUGCCACCCCUCGGAUCUGGAGGCAGAAAUCGUCAUUAAUCUGGCGUCUUGGCCCCACCUACCUCUUUGAAGAACCCAUAUCAGUGGAUACUCUGGAAGCUAUUAUCAAACUCGGCCCGAGAUACUGUGGUAACUUCCAAGCUGUGCAUACUCCAGGAGAAGACCCAGAUGGCGAGGCCACGCCCCUCAUCACAGAGGAAAAGGUCUCCUUUGGCUUCCACGUGGCCAGCUCCUCCACCACCAGCGUGGCGGACCUCAGAAGUGCCUACAAUGAGGUGGACAGCCGCCUGAUCGCUAAGGAGAUGAACAUUUCCUCGCGUGACAACACUACACCCGUGUUCCUGCUGAGAAAUUGCGCUGGACACCUCUCGGGUUCGCUCCGGACCCUCGGAGCUGUGGCUGUGGGCCAUUUAGGGGUGAGGGUCUUUCACUCCAGCCCGGCUGCCAGCAGCUUGGACUUCAUUGGUGGCCCUGCCAUCCUCCUGGGCCUCAUCUCUUUAGCAACAGAUGACCACACCAUGUACGCGGCCGUGAAGGUCCUGCACUCGGUUCUGACCAGCAACCCCAUGUGUGACCGCCUGAUGCAGCACAUCAGCGGGUACCAGAUCCUGGCGUUCCUCCUGCGGAAGAAGGCCUUCCUCCUCAACCACCGCGUCCUCCAGCUCAUCCUCUCUGUGGCCGGCACUGCGGAGCUGGGCUUCAGGCCCUCUGCGGUCACCAACAUGGGUGUCUUCCAGCACAUUCUCUGCGACUUCGAGCUCUGGAUGAACACUGCGGACAACCUGGAGCUGGCCCUCUUCUCCCACCUUGGGGACAUCCUCCAGUCGCCGAGGGAAGGGGCGAGGAACGCCGAGGUCGCCCACCAGGCCCAGCUCAUCCCCAAGCUCGUCUUUCUCUUCAACGAGCCCAGCCUCGCCCCCACCAAGGUUCCCACCAUCAUUGGCAUCCUGGGCUGCCAGCUGAGGGGCCACUUCAGCAUCCGGGACCUGCUUAGGAUCGGGCUGUUCAUUGUGUAUACCCUCAAGCCUUCCUCUGUGGACGAGACGCAGGUCUGCGUGGACGGAGCCCUGGCCUCCUCGGCACCUGCUGGAAGCCAAACAUCUGGACAGACAAUCAGCCUCAGAAACCAGUUGUUGGAGAUGCUGCUCGGCGUAAUAUCUUCCCCCCAACUCCAUCUGUCCUCCGAGUCCAAGGAGGAGAUGUUUGUGAGCCUGGGCCCUGACUGGUUCCUGCUGCUCCUGCAGGGUCACCUGCACCCCAGCACCACCGUGCUGGCCUUGAAGCUGCUGCUGCUCUUCCUGUCUAGCCCCUCCCUCCGUGCCCAAUUCAAGGAUGGCCUGUCUGUGGGCUCCUGGGUGGAGCACAGCGCUGAAGGCGUGGCCACCAUGAUGGACAACCUGAAGAUGCCCCAAGCUGUGGCGGAGCCGAACCCCUGCCUGCUGCCCGGCUUCCGUGUCUUGGCCGAAUUCCUGGGCCACCGUGUUCAUGUCCCCGAAGUCUACCUCAUCCUGUCGAGCUUCUUCCUGCAGACACCACUGACAGAGCUGACGGAUGGGCCCAAGGACAGCCUAGAUGCCAUGCUGCAGUGGCUCUUGCAGAAGCAUCACCAGCAAGAGGUGCUCCGGGCUGGGCUGUGCACAGAAGGUGCCCUGCUGCUCCUGGAGAUGCUGAGAGCCACCAUGAGCCAGUCCUCAGCAGGGCGUGAGGAAGACGCUUGGGAGCGGACAUUCCCGGCCAGCAUGCUGCACUUCCUGGGCCUGGUGCACCGCACCUACCCCGAGGACCCAGCCUGGAGGGCGCCGGAAUUCCUGCAGACCCUGGCCACAGUCACCUUCCCCAUGGGACCCCCAAAGGGCCCCGUGACUGAAUCCACCGGGAGCACCGGCAGUCCUGGGGCCGCAGCUGGAGGGAGCAGCAUCCCAGAGGAUCGGCAGCCCGCCGCUACCUUCCAUCCUGGCCAAAGGCAGCUGAGAGAGUUCACGCAGGGCUUGCUGAGGGAGCUGCUGCUCGGAGCCCCCAGUCCCAAGCAGUGGCAGCUGCUGGAUGUGUUCCUGGAGGCCUCUCCGGACAAUGCCAGCAGCCAGCAGAAGCGGGACUUUCAGUCUGAAGUCCUGCUGGCCACCAUGGAAAUCUUCCGCACCCUGGACAUGGGCAGCACCCCACUUCUCCGAGGCAGCAGUGAACCUCAGCCCAGCACAGAGGCUGCUGCUGCACCUUCCCUCUGGAACAUCUCCCAAUUUGCCCAGCGGCUGGUGGAGAAGCUGUAUGGUGGCAUAUUCUCGGCAGACCCCAAGCACAUCCUGCUCUUCCUCACGGAGCACAUCAUGGUGGUCAUCGAGAAUCCCUCUUCCCAGAGGGACUCUGUCGUCAGCAGCUUGUACAGCAGUCUGAACAAGGUCGUCCUUUACUGCCUCUCCAAGCCCCAGCAGUCCCUGUCCGAAUGCCUGAGCCUGCUUGGCGUCCUGGGCUUUCUGCAGGCGCACUGGGACAUUGUGUUUGCCACCUACAACUCCAACGUCAGCUUCCUCCUGUGUCUCAUGCACUGUCUUCUGCUCCUCCAUGCGAGAAGUUACCCGGAGGGAUUUGGAUUGGAGCCCAAGCCUCGAGUGACCCCUUACCACCAAGUCUUCCUCUCCCUGAGUGAGGAAGGGAAGGAGAAACGAGAAGAGGACGUCCCGAGCCUGAGCGAUGCCCAGCACAACAUCAAGAAGACCGUGCAGGUGCUGUGGCAGCAGCUCGUGGCGCAGAGGAGGCAGGCGCUGGAGGACACCUUCAAGAUUGACCUCUCCGUGAAACCCGGGGAGAGUGACGUCAGGAUCGAAGAGGUCACCCCGCUCUGGGAGGAGACCAUGCUGAAGGCCUGGCAGCAUUACCUAGCAUCCGAGAAGAAGGCGCUGGCCGGCCGCUCGAACGUCGCGCCCCAGAGCAAAGUCUCAUCGUGGAGCGGGAGCCUGUCCUCAGCCAUGCGACUGAUGCCCGGGCGCCAGGCCAAGGACCCUGCGUGCAGGGCUGAGGACUUCGUGUCUUGCAUUGAGAGCUGCAGACGCAGGGGCCAGGAGCUGUAUGCCUCGCUGUACCGGGAACAUGUGCAGAGGCGGCGAUGUGGCAACAUCAAGGCAGCCAAGGCCUGGGCUUGCAUCCGGGAGCAACUCUUUGGGGAGCUGGGUUUGUGGGGCCCGGCAGCUGGAGAAGCCGUGCCCUGUCCCCGCUGGGAACUGGACUGGAGAGAAGGCCCCGCGCGCAUGAGGAAGCGCAUUCGGCGCUUGGCUCCGUGGGAGGCAGCGAGCCCAGGAGGGUGCAAGGAGACUCAAGACCAACAGGGCGAUAUUUCAAAGAACAAUGCUGAAAAGCAAGGUGACCUGGCACCAGAGGAUGCUGAGCGUGAGCCCAACAUGGUGGCGCUGGACUGCACCCAGCUCACCUUCUUCCCUGCCCUGCACGAGAGCCUGCACUCAGAAGACUUCUUGGAACUUUGUCGAGAGAGACAGGUCAUCCUGCAGGAGCUCCUGGAUGGAGAAAAGGUGACACAGAAGUUCCCCCUGGUGAUUGUGCAGGGCCACCUGGUCUCGGAAGGUGUCCUACUCUUCGGCCACCAGCACUUCUACCUCUGCGAGAACUUUACGCUGUCUCCCACAGGUGACGUCUACUGCACCCGCCACUGCUUGUCCAACAUCAGUGACCCCUUCAUUUUCAACAUGUGCAGCAAAGACAGGUCCUCUGACCAUUACUCCUGCCAGCGCCACGGCUACGGGGACCUCAGGGAACUCCGGCAGGCUCGCUUCCUGCUGCAGGACAUUGCCAUGGAGAUCUUUUUCCAGAAUGGAUAUUCCAAGUUUCUUGUCUUCUACAACAGUGAUCGGAAUAAAGCCUUCAAAAGCUUCUGCUCUUUCCAGCCCAGCUUGAAGGGGAAAGGCACCUCGGAGGAUGCCCUCAGGAGACCCUCCAGCUCUGACAGGACCAUGCUGCAGAGGUGGCAGAAAAGGGACAUCAGCAACUUCGAGUACCUCAUGCACUUGAACACGCUGGCCGGGAGGACCUACAAUGACUACAUGCAGUAUCCGAUGCUCCCCUGGGUGCUGGCUGACUACACCUCCGAGACGCUGAACUUGACCAAUCCCAAGACUUUCCGGGAUCUUUCCAAGCCCAUGGGGGCUCAGACCAAGGAGAGGAAGCUGAAAUUCAUCCAGAGGUUUAAAGAGGUUGAAAAGAUCGAAGGAGACAUGACCGUCCAGUGCCACUACUACACCCACUACUCCUCCGCCAUCAUUGUCGCCUCCUACCUGGUCCGGAUGCCGCCCUUCACUCAGGCCUUCUGUUCUCUGCAGGGAGGAAGCUUUGAUGUGGCCGACCGGAUGUUCCACAGUGUGAGGGGCGCAUGGGAGUCGGCGUCCAAGGAGAACAUGAGCGACGUCCGUGAGCUGACCCCUGAGUUUUUCUACCUGCCCGAGUUCCUCACCAACUGCAAUGCUAUGGAGCUCGGUUGCAUGCAGGAUGGGACAGUGCUGGGCGAUGUUCAGCUCCCUCCCUGGGCAGAUGGGGACCCGAGGAAGUUCAUCAGCCUGCACAGACAGGCUCUGGAGAGCGACUUCGUCAGCGCCCACCUCCACCACUGGAUAGACCUCAUCUUUGGGUACAAGCAGCAGGGGCCAGCCGCCGUGGAGGCAGUUAACACCUUCCACCCCUACUUCUACGGUGACAGGGUGAAUCUCAGCAGCAUCACUGACCCCCUGAUCAAGAGCACCAUCCUGGGGUUUGUCAGCAACUUUGGCCAGGUGCCCAAACAGCUCUUUACCAAGCCCCACCCGGCCAGGAGCGCCACGGGGAAACCUCCAUCCGGGAGGGACACGGCCACACCUGCCAGCCUGCCCAGCCACCCACAACCCUUCCUGCACAACCUGCAGUCACUGAAGCCCACCCAGGUCACUGUCAAAGAUAUGUUCCUUUUCUCUCUAGGGUCGGAGUCUCCCAAGGGGGCCAUUGGUCACAUCAUCGCCACCGAGAAGAACAUCCUGGCGGUAGAGAAGAACAAGGUGCUGCUGCCUCCCGCCUGGAGCAGGAUUUUCAGCUGGGGCUUUGACGACUUCAGCUGCUGCCUGGGGACCUAUGGCUCCGACAAGGUCCUGAUGACCUUCGAGAAUCUGGCUGACUGGGGCCAUUGUCUGUGUGCCGUGUGUCCAGCGCCCACAGUGAUUGUCACUUCUGGGGUCAACGCCGUAGUGUGUGUGUGGGAGCUCAGUGUCGUCAAAGGCCGCCCGAGAGGUCUGCAUCUCCAGCAGGCCCUGUAUGGACACACCCAGGCUGUCACAUGCCUGGCAGCAUCAGUGACCUUCAGCCUCCUGGUGAGCGGCUCUCAGGACCGCACCUGCAUCCUGUGGGACUUGGACCGCCUGGUGCACGUGGCACGCCUCCCUGCCCACCGAGAGGGCAUCUCAGCCAUCGCCAUUAGCGACGUCUCGGGCACCAUUGUCUCCUGUGCGGGUGCCCACUUGUCCCUGUGGGACGUGAACGGACAACCCCUGGCCAGCAUCACCACAGCCUGGGGCCUGGAAGGAGCCAUAACCUGCUGCUGCAUGGUGGAGGGGCCAGCAGGGGACCCGAGCCACGUCGUCGUCACUGGGAGUCAAGACGGCAUGGUGCGGAUUUGGAAGACUGAAGAUGUAAAGAUGUCUGUUCCUGGGCAGGCAGCCACAGAGGAGCCCUGCAUGCAGCCGCCCAGCCCCAGAGGUCACAAGUGGCAGAAGAAUCUCGCCCUGUGCAGGGAGCUGGACGUCAGCCUCGCUCUGACAGGAAAGCCCAGCAAGGCCAGCCCUGCAGUGACAGCUCUGGCAGUGUCUAGGAACCAGUCCAAGCUCCUGGUCGGCGACGAGAAGGGGAGAAUAUUCUGCUGGUCCACAGAUGCGUAGGCUGCCACGGGGGACCUUGUGUGGCAUGUGGUGUGGCCUUGUGUGGCACCGGGCAGUGGAAAUGCUCGGUGCCUUCGGGAGCCUCCCCUCCCCAGGGUGCUGGAGGAAGGGGCCUCGACCACGCAGUGCUCUGGGCCCCAGACCACCCCUGUGGCCAUGGGAGGACUAGAGACAGGCUAUGAAGACCCUUCACGCUGGACGCCGACCUGCAGGUGACAAGCUCCGCAGGAAAUGCACACAACUCUGCUGCUGCACUGAGAAAGGGGAUCAGUCGCUGGAAACUCAGGGUGUGUUUCAUUAAAGUGACUGUUUCCCAGUGCCAGAA